AUGUUGAAAAUUUGGAAUAGAUCGGAUAUCCCAAAGUAUGGUCAUUCUACUGAUGUAAGCAACUCAAAUUUCGAAAGCGGUAGACGGUGCGAAUCCGGUCCCGGCGUUUUCAUAUUUCGGUGUCCAAGGGCCGAAGAAUUGUUUUAUGUAUUGCAUUCCAGCGUCAGGGAGGCUCGUGCGUCCGUCGAGGAGCAACUCGGAAGAAUAUCCGCCCCGCCGCCGUUGAUGGUCAGUAAAUUAAGUAGCUGUUUAUACCAUUUGUCAGCAUGCGACCUUAGAUCUUUUAUGAUGCGAGCCAAGGGGGGAAUAACUGCAUUAUGUUUCAGUUCUAUUCGACAGAAGAUAUUCUUUAUUUUUGAUCUUGUACCGGAAUAUAAAGAAAUAAAAAUCGACAGAACUGGAUGUAGCAAAUGGUUGUUGUUACGCAAAAUACCGAGGCCAAUGCGUAGGCUAACGUUAAGAUGCGUUGUGCAAAAAUUUUGUCGAGAAGUUCAAAUCUGGAGCUUCUAUUGCAUACUAUCAACUUAA